AUGUCGUCGGCUCCAAGGCGCACGGCGUCAACCUCUUCAAGACCCGCGCGACCGGCCGCUCAAUCGGAACUCCCGCAUCGCACGAGAAGCGUGGCCGUCCGAUCGUCCAACUCCUCCCAGCCCCCUCCACAGACUCAUUAUGCGCAUUCAAAAGCUCCUUCUCAGGAUCACCGUCCGCCUGCCAAUUAUGCGGCUGUGGAUAGCAUAGCCCGCCAGGACGUUGACGCCAAGUCUCGCCGCGACCGUGAUGCCUCCGCUGAGCGUCCGGCCACUGCACGGACCGAAUCUACCCGGAGACACCACCAAAGAACCUCAUCUACGCAGCCGCGUGAGACCGAGCUGGCCUCUGGAGAUACCGCGCAAGCGCCUGCAAGUGGAACUCAUGGACAAUCCAAUGCGCCCGCUCAGCCCAAGCGGCGAACCACGAUUACCACCCCCACCGGGAAUUGGGCCUUGGGGAAGACAAUUGGCGCUGGUAGUAUGGGUAAAGUGAAGCUGGCGAAGAAUAUCGAAACCGGAGAACAGGUCGCCGUCAAGAUCGUUCCUCGUCUGUCAACCGAAGAGCACAAGUCAUCGCGCGAAACCGAGCGGGCAGAUCGCUCGAAGGAGAUUCGAACCGCACGAGAAGCUGCCAUUGUAUCCCUCGUGAACCACCCAUACAUCUGUGGCAUGAGGGACGUGGUCCGGACCACGUAUCACUGGUACAUGCUUUUCGAAUAUGUGAACGGUGGUCAAAUGCUGGACUACAUCAUCUCUCACGGAAAAUUGAAGGAGAAGCAGGCGCGCAAGUUUGCCCGGCAAAUCGCAAGUGCGCUCGAUUAUUCCCAUCGCAACAGCAUCGUUCAUCGCGAUUUGAAGAUCGAGAAUAUCUUGAUCAGCAAGACCGGUGAUAUCAAAAUUAUUGAUUUCGGUCUCAGCAACCUCUUUUCGCCUCGAAGCCUGCUCAAAACUUUCUGUGGAAGUCUUUAUUUUGCGGCACCGGAGUUGCUCCAGGCGAGACAGUACACAGGUCCGGAAGUCGAUGUGUGGAGUUUCGGUAUUGUCUUGUACGUGUUGGUUUGUGGAAAGGUGCCAUUCGACGAUCAGAGUAUGCCUCAGCUCCAUGCGAAGAUCAAGAAGGGCGUCGUGGAAUAUCCCCCGGGUCUCACUACUGAAUGCCGUCACAUUAUCUCCCGCAUGCUUGUUACAGACCCGAAGCAACGCGCCAGCUUGGCCGAAAUCAUGGCCCAUCCCUGGAUGAACAAGGGCUUCAACGCUCCACCGGAGAACUACCUUCCUGUUCGCGAACCUCUGCAGCUUCCGCUGGAUCAGGAGGUGGUUGAGAAAAUGACUGGCUUCGAUUUCGGCCCUCCCGACUACAUCGCUGCCCAGUUGACCAAGACUCUGGAGUCCGAGGAGUACCAGCAUGCACUGCGCCUCAACUUCCGUGAACAACCCAUGCCCAACCAGGCAGAGAAGAAGCGCGGCGUGUUCGACUUCUACAAACGGCGCAACUCUGCCGCAAGCCGAGACACCUUGUCCGCACCUUCUGCCGAGGCUAUUCAGUUAGGCAAUGACCCAUUAAAUGCUUACAGUCCCUUGAUAUCUGUCUACCAUCUUGUGAAGGAGAAGCUUGAUCGGGAACGAGCCGAAGCCCGGCCUGGGACUCUUGGCCUCCGUCAGACCCCUGGUGAUGUACAAGUUCCCGAGCUUACACCUCCGGAAGCUGCUCACACCAACCAGUACCAGUUGCCGGGCGAGAGGGACACUGGUCGUCGUUCUCGCCCUCGAGCCAGGACCCACGGCGAGGACGAAGUUACAGAGACACUGAAGAGCCAUCACGCUUCGUCCCCAUCUGCACAUGCGGUCCCAAACGCAACGCAGCUCGAUACUCCCAAGAAGGAAAGCACCGCUGCUGGUAUUCUACGGCGCUUCAGUACGCGCCGAGCCAAGGACCGCAGUCGCGAUGUCGAACGGGAGCGCAUCAGCACUCCAAACACCCCUACCCUCAAUGUCCAGCCCCCUGCCGAUUCAGCCUCGCCGAUGCAUCGUGGCUUCAGUGUGCGGCGCACACGGCGGGCCGAGCCGUCUCCGGGUCCUGUGCCCCAUAGUGGUAGUCAGCCACAGCAAGAUCUGCUGACUGCCCCAAGUUCCGGUGAGCAGUUCUCGCAGUCAAACAAGUUCCUCGGCCGGUCGACCAGUGUCAACUCUGCCGAUUACCGGACUCGAAGGGCCGCUCGGAGGAACGAUGCCGAUACCCUGGAUGUCGAUCGCCAACCUCCGUCAACGAGCGGCUCGGAUCAGCUUGGACCCGAGAGUCAGCGAGACCAACUUGGUGUCAAGGCUGGCGGACGCACGCAUACGGCACGCACCAUGUCGCUUGGUCAUGCCCGUCGUGAAAGCAUCCAGGCGCGUCGCGCUCGCCGUGAAGCUACUCGAGAGGCCAACGUGCCAGAGGAGACUGACGCAGAUAUCUCGGGCGCAGGAACUGCUUUGGAAAGUGCCAAUGAAGGAGAAGACCUGUCCAAGCCCGUUUAUCUCAAGGGUCUCUUCAGUGUCUCGACUACCAGCAGCAAGCCUCUGCCAGUCAUUCGAGCGGAUAUCAUUCGCGUGCUGAAGCAGCUAGCCGUGGACUAUGUUGAGAUAAAGGGCGGAUUCAGCUGCCGACACGCCCCAAGCAUCGAUCUUGAGAAGGUGGUUGAUGUCAGCCCACCCAGCCCAGACCGCCAGGGUCAGGUAUCCCACCGUCGCCGAAUCAGCUUUGGUGGACUUCUUGGGCAUGAUGACAGCCGAGACGACAGUCGCCCAUCGCACUCCAAGCUGCAGCGCCGAACUCAGGGCCAACCGGACCGCAGCUUCACCACAAACUCUGAUGCUUCAGAUGAGUACGUUCCUCGUGAACCGCCUACCAGUGUUACUGUUGGUGACCGAGUGGUUGGUGAAACUACGACUCGUGUGCAGAGUGACACUGGAGAGAACUUGAUCCUGCGGUUUGAAAUUCUCAUUGUCAAGGUUCCUCUGUUCUCACUUCACGGUAUUCAGUUCAAGAAGGUCUCCGGUGGUAUGUGGCAGUACCGCGAGAUGGCAAAGAAGAUUCUCGAUGCUCUGCGCCUCUGA